UUCAUCUCGAGCUGAGAAACGACCCAAAGAGUUUCUCCCCGGAUGUGUUUUCGUACGCGCUGAUGGACUUUAACGACUCUCAGACCUCGGGUGAAUCCAAAGUCUUUGUCGUGCGCCAUUCCGAUGAACGCUGCGCCAAAGGCAGCGCUGCGUAAAGUCAACCCGCGCGUGUGCGAAGCCACACGGAACUCGUCGGCGUUUGUAAGCGCGACAGAGUGAAAGUGUGAACGUGAACGAGUGUCGUUUAGGAGCAGAAGCUGUUUUAGCGAAAGACAAAAGUUGAAAAAGAAAAGUUGGGACGAAGGGAGAACCUCGUGUUGUCCGUACGAAUGCGCGCUUCCUGCGCACACAUCGCCUUCACUACAAUCUGGUGGGAAAUCAGAGGAACACUUGAGAGAGAAGUGAGAAUCAUUCUGCAGCCACGCGCGGUAGAUAACUUGUUGAAUGAGUUCGUCCCAGGAGCAGAUUCACGCGAUGCCGCUUGUGGCAAAGAAGCACAACUGACAGGAGAUCAAGCGACGACAUCUGACAGCCGCUGACUUAUGAGGAGUGUCACUCCCCUCUUCUCAUCUCCUUUGACCGUUAGUUGACCCUCUCAUCAACACUUCUGAAGGAGCUCACUCGGUGACACACCUCAUCAGCCGGGCAGAAGUGGCAGCAAUCAAAGACAAAGUAACCGAAUGGGGGCUAAUCGUCGCCUGGAGCUGCUGACACAGAAGUAGCAACAUGCUGCCACAGUUUCCAAAUCCUCCACUGCACCGUUCAGAGCUGCGUUUAAUUUAGAAAAACUCUCAGUCAUUGUGUUGCCUCUGUGACGAAGCGGCAGCUGCAAAGUGAAAAACAGAAGAAGAAUUCCCUCAGAGAUCAUUCAGAACGAGACCAGCGAUGCUUUGGCACGUUUUGUUCACGCUGCAAGCCGUCUGCACCAGCGUGGCCCUUACCAUGCAACAUUACCCGGCGGCCUGGGGACACUAUGACGUGUGCAAGUCCCAGAUCUACACGGAGGAGGGCCUGGCAUGGGACUACAUGGCCUGUCAGCCGGAAGCCACCGACAUGACAAAGUACCUGCGAGUGGCCCUCGACCCCCCAAACAUCACGUGUGGAGAUCCGCCAGAAACGUACUGCGCUUUGGAAAACCCUUACAUGUGCAACAAUGAAUGUGACGCUACCACCGAGGAGCUGGCUCACCCUCCUGAGUUGAUGUUUGACUUUGAGGGUCGCAACCCCACGACCUUUUGGCAAUCCACCUCCUGGAAGAAAUACCCGAAGCCCCUGCAGGUCAACAUCACGCUGUCAUGGAACAAGACCGUUGAGCUGACGGAUGACAUUGUCCUGACCUUUGAGUCCGGCCGACCGGAGCAGAUGGUCCUGGAAAAGUCGCUCGACUACGGCCGGACCUGGACCCCGUACCAGUUCUACGCCACCGACUGCCUGGACGCGUUCACCAUGGAACCCAAGACAGUGAGUGAUCUCACCCAGCGCACCCUGCUGGAUAUCAUCUGCACUGAGGACUACUCCAGAGGCUACGUGUGGAAGAACGACAAGACGGUGCGCUUUGAAAUCAAGGACCGCUUUGCCCUGUUCGCCGGCCCUCGACUACACAACAUGGCCUCUCUGUACGGCCAACUGGAUACCACCAAGAACCUGCGGGACUUCUUCACCAUCACCGAUCUGAGGAUUAAGCUGCUGAAGCCAGCCAGUGGAGCCACCAUGAUAGAUGAGAACAACCUGUCCAGAUAUUUCUACGCCAUCUCUGACAUCAAGGUGCAGGGCAGAUGCAAGUGCAACCUGCACGCCAACAGCUGUGUGUUUGACAAGGGGAAGCUGGGCUGCGAGUGCGAGCACAACACCACGGGGCCAGACUGCAGCCGCUGCAAGAGGCACUACCACGGAAGAGCCUGGAGUGUGGGCUCCUACCUCCCCAUACCCAAAGGAACUGCGAAUAUAUGUAUUCCCAGCAAUCAUGGACCAGUGCAUCGAGCAAAUGCCUCAUCUCUUGGUGUUGCAAAUCGUAACCAAGCUCGAGUGUGUGACAACGCGAUGCUGCGCUGUCAGAACGGCGGCACGUGCCACCACCAUCAGCGGUGCCAUUGUUCCCCCGGCUUCACGGGCGUCCUGUGCGAGAGAGCUCGCUGCCAGGGCCCCGGGGAGUGUGAUGACCAAUUGUCUGGACGGGCCACGUUCCAUCAUCCACUGAUCGGCUGCCACGUCGCUCUCACCGCCAUACUUCUCCCACUAGUAAUUGUUUCCCUUUGCUGAGGGACCUGACGGGCCUCCCAUCCUCAACCAAACCCUAAGACCACAUGUGAUGAGACUGAACUCUCAACAUUAAGGACAUAAAGGACAAGAGACGUGUGAGCAACGUGCUCGGCAUAAGCAACUCUUUCGUAUGCCCACAGUUGCGGGUGUCGGUGUUACCAACAGGUCGAGCACUGAUCUGUUGUGCUGAACGAUAGAAGGAUCCGUGAAAGGCUUGGAGGAGUCACCGCUGUCUUUCACUGUCACAGAGGAAACGGUCGGAGGCCUCACUUUGUGGUUAUGUCAUCGGCUGGUGAAUCUCAUUAGAGGCGGACGGGAGACUCACACUCUGAGAGCAAACUGUACAAAACUAGACACACGAUUUCUAAGUAUCAUCUGAAGUGAUUAAAAAAUAAUACUGUGGACGGGGACAUCUUAAAACAUCUUGCCUCGCUGCCGCCUUCCUUACUUGCCGUCUUCUCUGUUCUCCCUCCCUCCAUCGCUCCUUCCUCCCUCCCUCCUCACCUCCUGCCUCCUCACUUCCUCCCUCCUGUGCUUUGGUGACUCUGGUGAUUUUAAUUUGCUGAAGGGUGUCAGUUGUUUUUUGCGAAAUGCUGCACAUGUAUUAUUAUCAAGCCCCUUGACAAAAUACCAAUGUAGUACUUUUUUCUUUCUCAGAAGCUUUGUAGUCAUGCUUGAGCUCACCUGUACGGGAAAAAAAAAAAAAAGUUGUAACAUACUGUAACUGUAUUUAAUUUUUGUAUAAAAACAGAUAUUUUCAUGACUACGCAAAGCGAAAAGAUGUAUUACUUGUUUUCUAUUGCUGCCGACCUGUCCUAGAUGUGGACUAUGAGUGCGUAUAAGGAGUUUGGUUGUAUCGUUUCUUUGCUUGUGUGGCACGUGGCUCUCCCCAAAAUGAGAGCUGCUGUCAAAACUAUGUUUACAUACACACGCACACAAUACACUUCCACCAAAGGGAAAAAAGAAAAAAACAUGUCUGUGUCUUGUUGUUGAACAGUAGUAAAUUUUAUUAUGUAGUGACAUGACGUUGGAGAAAAGAUGUGCUGGAGUGAAACCGUGUAUUGUUUGCAGAUAGGUACAAGCCAAUGACAACAGCUGAAUGUCAUUUUAAAGGAUUUUAUUUUGAAAUGCUAAUCUUUGACCAACUCACUGGAGCACCAGUUGCCGGUAACGAUAUAUAUCAGUAGACAAAUAACUGGGUGGAUGAAAACAUGUGCUGUAAUCCCUCCUUCUCGUGCUCGUGAAACGUGGAGGAUGCGGCAGAAUCUCAAGCCAAAAUCUCAUUAGCUUUAUGUGAAUUUAACAAGAGGAGAAAAAAAUGGAGAUUGCACGGCUGUCUCAGAGGUUGUCCAGCUCAAAUCUGUAAUCAGAUCUAAUCCCUGAAUCAAAUGGGAAGAGGGGAAGGUUCUCCGAGCUGGUUGAGGUUGAAAGCCCGCGUCCUGCUGCGGGAGCCUCCGCCAGGCGACACGUUCACAAAAUGAGCUUUAAUUCACGGAGGAUCAAUGAUUAGAAAUGAAGUCGCAUCCCACUGGGUGACAUAUUGAGCACUGAGACCAAUUUCAUUUGAGAGAUUAAUUUUCCUCCCGAGGUUGUCAUGAAACUCCUAAUUGUGUUAGAGUCUACUGUAAGUGCCUCUCAUUAAACGACACUGUCAAUGAAAAGAGUGGCGAAUGCCUUUUUUGAGAGAGACUCUUGCCUUGGAAACGAGCUUCAGGACGAAGAGGAGGUUUUUAAAAUGGACAAACACGCUGCAGAAAUAACUGGGAAGGGACGGAUGUUUAUUCAUUCAGCAAAAAAGAUAUUCAUGCAGCUCGUGGUCAGCGUAAAUCUGGAGGAGAAAAUGCAAGAAACUGCUACAUUAAUUUAAUUUGGAAAAUAAAUCAACAACCUCAGUAAAUCCUUGACGAUCACAGCUUAGUAGUAAUGACGAGGAUAAUGGAUUCUACACACUUUAAACUUGUGUGUGAUAAUAGUGAUAGUUCAGAGUAUGGAGGGGGUUCCUCUUUGAAAACCUUUUGAAAAACAAAAGAACAAGAGCACAAUUGAUUGAAACUUUGUUUAUGUGCUCACAAAUGUUAGCAUGUCCAGCUAACUGAGUGUGACCUUCAAGGCUAAGGAACAUUCCAGUGCAGCAGUACACAAUAGCAUAAUCACUGUAGCAUUUUCCUUGUGUGUAAAGCUACUUCUGGCUGCCAACAGAGAAACGCACUAUUACACGAUACAAACAAUAAAGCUUCUUCCCCGUCUUGCUUGUCCAAGUACGUAGAGCGAGUGCAAAUCAACGACAGAGGGUUAAAGUUUGAGAUCUUGUACGUGUCCUUCUCAUACUUCUAAGCUAGUGCUACACUGAAAUAGAAAAGAAAGAAAGAAUCUUUUACAUUGGCCCUUAAUUAAAAUAAUUCAGUUGGAAAAACAAGUCUGCUGAAGACAGCAUUAUCAACCAGCUAAUGUAACCUUAGGUUAAAUAGCUCGCUGGCUGCAACUCAUGAGCUGUUUUCAUACAGACGGUCCAUGGCUGGAAAUGAGAAGUUUGCUUCAGUCCAUCUCAGCAUGAAAUCAAGGACUCAAGACUUUUAAUGGUAAAUUUGUCCAGCGGUUAUCGUGAUCUACUAACGGUAACUAAGGAGACAGGGUUUGGCGAAAGGUCAAGUAUCUCUUAAAACUUAGGGAUGCGACUAAAACUGACGAAUCACUUUGCUUUUACCCGAAUUGCAGUUACAGUUGUACCACCUACUGUGAUUUAAUAGUUCUGUUCAAGGCUUCUCUCUCUGCAGAAUGCGAAGUGGCUCACCUGAGACUGUUUGCGGUGACGGUUGGCGAAAGGUUUUUUAUAGCACUGUUUUGGGGCCAGAGUGUUCGUGUAUGAAGGACAAUUACCUUUAUGACAUGUUAGUGCAAUAAAAUUGGUGUUUUAUGAUA